ACACGAUCUCGUAUCGCAGAUGUUCCCGCUUUAGCAGUGUGCGCUUAGGAAUAAUGGUGGUGUGUUGAUUGUAAUUGUGUGUGUGUCUUUCUCGGUUUUUUUUACUCCCAAGUGUGUAUCUCCAGUGUGCUAAGUGUGUGUCGCGAUGCCCUGCGAUCUCCGGUCACUCGCCUGAUUUGGAUUACGACGACGAUGCCGUUGAUCGGCUGGGUGGUGGUGGUGUGACGACAACAGAGGCAUGGCAACGCACGUUCGAAUGGCCGCUUGCCCCGAACAAAAAACCCCCGAUGCCGAGCCGGAGGGCGAGACCCUCAAGAACGGCACAUCCCUCGAAGAUUCGGACGACUCGACGGGCAACGUGAUGGUUAAGAACCGCUCCCCCGCGCAACAACACAGGGAGAUGGCGAUGGAUGGAUUCCAAGAUGGUGGUCCCAACAGUCGGCCUGCGAGCGCGAACCUGGAGGGCGGCUAUCCCGCCUCCAUGGAGAGGUCGCAGUACCAGGCUUUCAAUCAAAGUACCGCGAACCGAGAGGGCGACGAUUUUAGGAAUUCACAGGACAACUAUAACCAUGGAGGCUGUGACAUGGCUGGGUACGGACGAGGAAGCUAUGCGAGCGGCGAUCAACAUGGCGGACCGGGAAAUGCGAGCGAAAUGACGGCAAACUCGCAACCAAACAAAAUGUACCCACAAUAUAAUCAGCCCCAGAUGAGGCCCGGCUAUCCACAGGGCCCUAGGGGUAUGGGACCCCAACAGAGGUCGCCGGGCCCCGGUAUGAGCAGCUAUCCGGGGGCUAGUAAUAACUCUCAACAACAGAGGUUUCUUUCAGGGCCCAGUUUAUCGCAGCAAACGGGUCCCACACCGACGCUCAAUCAGUUACUUCAGGCCCCAAACUCUCUACAGCGUUAUCAUAAUAAUUAUGAUUAUAGUGCGAGUCAGGGACUCCAGAAAAAUAUGGGGGAUCCAAAUGCGCCCCACUAUCAGGGACCGAAUAAUUCAUGGGGCAAUAUGAGAGGAAGUUCGGCAUAUCCACAGCAAAUGUCGUCGUCUUCAAUGUACAGAAAUCAGGGUGGUCCUAUGCCUGAUCCAUCCAUGAAGCGACCAUACAUGUCCCCCAGCCAGUUGUCUAGUCCGGCAGCUGUUCCAUCUCAGCAGUAUCCACAACAGUAUCACCCUUACAGUCAAACACCUUCCCCAGUCAGGCCCAUCAGCCAAAGCUAUCCACAACAGGGUGUGCAGCAAUAUCCAAAUGUUCAACAGCAUGGGCCAUCACAGCCCUCACAGAUAUCUACAGGGGGUAGUGGUUACGAUCAUCAACAGAGACAACCACAAAUGGGGUCAUAUGGAGGUGCUACUAUGCCUCCCGUUUCUUCAAUGCAGCAGCAACAACAACCACAACCACAGCAACAACCUUCUUCUCAACACCAGCCUCCACCUUCUCAACAGCAACCUCCACCCCAACAACCUCCGCCUUCGCAACCAUCACAACAGCAACAACCUAUGCAACAGCAACAAACACCUCCUUCUCAGCAACAGCCUCCACCACAUACUCCUGUUCCCAUGCAGCAGCAGCAGCAGCAGCAGCAACAACAACAACAGCAGCAGCAGUCGCAGUCGCAGCAACAGCAUCCUCCUCCUCCACCAUCUUCACAGCAGCCAACUCCCCAACCACCUUCAGUAGUUCCCUCUCAACAGCCACCACAACAGCAUCAACAGCAGCAGCCUCAACAAUCUACUCAGGAUGGUGAAGAUGUGGUUCCGCCCGAGUCAACUUCCACUCCCGGAGCUCUGAGGAAUUUGACCACUCCUCCCCACUCCGGUGUCUCUCCUCAUCGGCCUGCGCCUUCACCCUCGGGGUCCUCGGCAGGAUCCCCUUCCAUGUCGCCUGCCCUUGGUCAACAACAAAACAUUCCCAUGCCCCCUAGGCCAUCUUCAACCCAGUCCGAGAGUAGCGGUCAGACACAGAUUCCCCAAGCACCAGCAGCUGCACAAGGUUAUAAUCAACAAAUGGCUCCUCCUGCAAUGUAUGGCAACAAAAUGCAUCAAAAUAUGAUGUCAGGUAGCUCUUCUCAUAUGACUCCGUAUUCUCCUCAACCAUCAAGUCAUUAUCCACAAAGUGGUUACCAUCGUCCACCUAGCUCUAUUGGCAUGCACAAUUAUGGCAGUCAAGCCCAAAAUAAUUAUCCUGGCCCUACGUAUCCUUCACAGUCUCAAAUGCCUCCACAUCGAAUGCCCUCUCAUCCUAGUUCUGGACCAUCUAAUUAUGUUGCUCCUCCUAAUUCUAGUGGUUACAACAGUUCUCAGUAUUCAAACACUGGACCACCUCCUUCUGGAUACCCUAUGAAUAAUAUGAUGCCUCCACCUAAUCAGUAUCCAAAAGCUUCUAGUAUGCCACCACCUGCUGCAGGAGCUCAAGCUGCCGCGCAAGCAGCUGUGAUAGCUGCCGCUGCCUCUUCUAAUCCAACACGUCAAUCACCAAUGUAUUUGCGCCAGCAUUUGCAGCAGAAAAUUUACAAUAGCUACAAUUCUACCAUUCCUGGACCUAACAGUAGUCAAGAUACUCCCAUGCCUCCUCCAGCCAGCACUCCAUCUUCUCAAUCUAUGAGCCAAGGCUCUUUACCUCCUACCUCUGGAAAUACUUCAAGCUGCGAUGGUUCACUUCCACCUUCUAUGGUUCCUGCUGGAUUUACUCAGGCUCCUUCUCUUGGCAUGCCACCAACUACAGUGACACAGAGCAUCAGCAGUCCAGUACCUUCGGCAGUAACAGUAUCCAGUCCAUCUGUGCCAGACAUGAUGCAAUCCCCUCAAGUUCGCAAUUCCAUGGGAGGACCCCCUCCACCUCCCGUCAUGGACGAAGGGAGCCAGGCAUCCAAUGCCUCUGCUUCCUCUUCAUUACCGGAAGAGAGGGUGGAAACGCCAAAACCAAGUAACAAACCUGUGAUGUCUCAUCCUCCGACACCAAAUACAUUGCCGUCACCUGGAGCAGCAUCUAUGUCCUCUUUUCAUGAUGAAUUUGAAAGUGUUUCCAGUCCUAGUUGGCCUAGGACACCUGCAAGUCCGGUUAUUAAUAACCAGCCUUAUGAUCAUCACCCAAUAAAGCGUCCAGAUGGAAUGCUUAAGUUGUAUGACUUGUCUGAUGAUCCUGAUAGAAGAUUAUUUUUGGAUAAACUAAUCAUGUAUCAGGAAGAAAGGGGCACACCACUUUCUCAGUGCCCUACCAUUAGCAAACAACCACUCGAUUUGUAUCGUUUAUAUUUGGCUUGUAAAGAAAGGGGUGGUUUUGUUGAGGUGAUGAAAGGUAAAAUGUGGAAAGAAAUUGCAGGAUUAAUUGGUAUUGGUGCUUCUUCAAGUGCGGCAUAUACUCUGAGGAAGCAGUACAUCAAGCAUCUAUUGCCCUUUGAAUGUAAAUUUGAUAGAGGGGGUAUUGAUCCAGUACCUUUAAUUAGUAGUCUGGAGUCUAAUUCUAGAAAAAAGAAUGUCAAAAAUGCUGGUGGCCCAAUGAUAGAUGGCUAUCCUGGUCCAUAUCCGGGAGGAUACCCACCUAACACUGGACCCCAUCCAGGAAUGAUGCCUGGAUCUGAAUAUCCUGGUCCUGGACACCAUCCUUCUUAUCAGGAUCCAAUGCACCACUCAGGUUCAUCUAUGGUAAACCAUACCAGCUCAGAGGGAGCCAUGGAUCCUUUUAGCGAUGAUAUGCAAGGUUCUCAAUAUCAGCCUCGUCACAAUGCUAGCGAUAAUUAUGGAUACUCUCAGCCAAAUACCAACAGCAACAUGCCACCUUAUUCUGGUAACCAGCCGAGCGUGCCUUCUACCUCGUUCGGUUACAGUAACACGUCUGGGCAACAGGAGCCUUAUAAUGAUCAAUAUCCCAACACCAUGGUGCCUCCUUCAUCGGAAGCGAGCUAUAGUGGCAGAAAUAUGGUGCCAGAUCCUUAUGCACCACCACCUGGUGGAUACCCUCCCAACAGAACUGUAGGACCUUCAAAUUCUUCUCAGUAUCCUCCUUAUCAAACUCCUUGUGGGGAUCAAGAAAGGUUUGCAGAGCCACAAAGUGCACCUCCAAGUCCUAUGAUUAGGCCACCUGCUCCCAACAGUUCUGUGAUAGGUCCUUCAACCCAAGAAUCUUCUCCUUACCCACCCCACCGUUACCCAAGUCAGCCCAUGUCUGCCCGAGACAACAUGCCACCACAACCGAUGGGGUCUUAUCAAGGGCGUCCCUCUCUGGGACCUUCCCAGUAUCCUAAUAGCCAACCUUCUGCUCAGUCACCUUAUUCUUCAGCACAACCAGAUUCUUACAGAGGUUCUGAAUUUCAGCCCCAGAUGUCACGUUUGCAGUCAACACUUAUUCAAAGGCUUCUACCUAAGAAUCAAACUGCUCAAAACUAUCCAUCAUCUCAGCAGGGAAUGUAUGGCCAAAGUAUGCCACCUCCUAACAAAGUUGCUCCUCCUAGCAAUAUGCCUAGUAAUAUGUACCAGCGAGAUAUGUAUUCUAUGGGUCCUAAGCGGCAUGGGGACUAUUCAAAACCUCAUGGUCCUGUUCAGGAUCAGUAUCAUAUGAGUUCUUAUCCUCAGCAACCGUCUCAACCUCCUUAUUCUGAUCGUAGUCAAUAUCCUUACCGUCCCACUCAUGGCGUACCUCCUCAGGCAGCUGGCCCACCUCAACAAGGCUGGCCACGUGAUAGCAGAUCAUAUACAUCUGGCCAAAAUCAGUACCCACCUGGUCAACGAGAAAAUUGGGAAAUGGCCAGGCAUGGAGAAAACGCUUCACAACCUGGUGGUGCAGCUUGGUCUCGAUAUGGAGGUCCACAACCUGAGCCUUAUCCCCACCACAUGGGUCCAUCUAUGGGUCCCAAAAUGAUGACUAGAGGUUAUGGGCCUAAUAAGAUGGCGCCUCAUGGUGGUGUUGGCCCUCCACCUCAGUACACUCCUCCAUCUCAACGUAAAGAAGUGAUCUUCCCACCAGAUACUGUGGAAGCAGUCCAACCUGUUAUCACUAAACGGCGGCGUUUGUUGGCCAAGGACAUCUCUCCGAUAGAUCCCUGGAGGAUCAUGAUGGCUCUCAAGUCUGGCCUUCUGGGUGAGAGCACUUGGGCCUUGGAUGUACUGACAAUAUUAAUUCAUGAUGAUGCCACCGUCCUGUAUUUUGGACUCAAUCAUCUGCAGGGGUUAUUGGAAGUGCUCAUGGACCAUUAUCGCAGAUGUCUCAACCUUAUCUUUGAUCUGGUGGGAGACAUGGAAGUGGGAUUUAUGGUGAAUCCUCAAGAGAGGAAGGAACGUGUCAAAAAGUGGUAUGAAUUAGACUGUGAUGUUGAGGAACCUUCGUCUCCUGAAAUAUCAAAUAGUGGUGUUUUAAGUGGUGAUAAAACUAGCAUUCUGGAUUCCACUAAUUUCACUUACAGAACACGAUGUAGAAAAACAGUAAGGACUCAAGAAGAGCAAGCACUGUUCUUAUUUGACCCAGAUAAGAAAUGGGAUGUCCAUGAAGGCUUUAUCAGUGGUAGCAGUCAUUGGCAGCAUGGUGGAGGUGAAUAUACAGGUUACAUACAGACUCAAUUUGAAAAUACUGAAAAACGUGUGAGAUUUGUAAGACUUCUGAAAGAUAUUAAAAAAUCCCAUCUAAAAAAUAGUUCAUCAAAAAUGAAAUCUAGGGAAAAUGCAUUUUGUAAAAAAGAAUGUGGAUCUGAUACCGAGGAAGAUGAGAGUCUCAGCGAGAGCUCGAAAUCUUCUUCUCAAGAAAAAUCUUUGGAAGGAAAAUUAAAUGGAUCUGUAAAAAGUUCAAAUGACCAAGAGAAAGUUACGAACUCCUCUGAAAGUGUAAAUUCUAAAUUAAUAUCUGAAAAUGGUGAAAGGACUAAUGACCCUGAAAUGGAAAUAGAUGAAGCAAAAAGGCUCACUGAGAAAGAUGAGAAGGACAAAAACAAACCUGCUGAUGAAAGCACAGAAAGUAAUUUCCCCAAAAUUAGACCUGUUUCUCCAAGUCGUAAACGGCGAGCACUCGAAGAUCUUGAAGAUGAAUGCUACACUAGAGAUGAACCAUCUUUAUGUACUAUUAGUGACGCACAGGACUCUCUUGCUCGUCGUUGCAUUGCUGUCUCAUCCAUAUUAAGGAAUUUGUCAUUUGUGCCUGGAAAUGAUACUGAGAUGUCUAAACAUUCUGGUUUCUUACUUGUCAUGGGAAGAUUAUUACUCUUGCAUCAUGUGCAUUCUCCAAGAAAACCGCCCCAGCGACAUUAUGAUAGAGACGAGGAAGGCGAAAAUGCGUCCAUUGCGGAUUCUUGCAGCAGUCUAAACAGUGAACAUGAAUGGUGGUGGGAUAUGCUGCACAUCAUCCGUGAAAAUACGCUAGUCACUCUAGCCAAUAUUGCUGGACAACUUGAUCUGGCUCCCUUUCCUGAAGAGAUUAGCUUUCCCAUUCUGGACGGCCUCAUGCACUGGGUUACAUGUCCCUCCUCCUAUGCCCAAGAUCCACUUCCCACCCAGCCAUCGCACUCCGUCCUCUCUCCUCAACGACUCUCCCUGGAGGCUUUGAGCAAACUCUCUGUCUUGGAGAGCAAUGUUGACCUCAUGAUGGCCACCCCUCCUUGGGAGAGGAUUGAUCGUUUCUUCUCCCUGCUUUCCAAGUGGCUGAGUCGUAAUGAGGACCAGGUUUUGAGGGAGUUCUCAGUUGUCUUAUUGUCCAACUUGUCUCAAGCUGAUAGCAGCAUGGCAAGGGCCAUAGCUCUUCAAGGCACUUGUAUCCCUCUUUUGAUAACAUUUGUUGAACAAGCAGAACAAAGUGCUUUACAAGUGGCCAACUCACAGGGAAUCAAUGCACUCAGGGAAAAUCCUGAACUCAUGGGUACUACCUUGGACAUGGUUAGGAGAGCUGCUGGAACACUUAGGUGUCUUGCAAAAGUACCCAGCAAUAGAACAUUAUUUUUACAACAUCAGCAACGGCUUUUGGCUCUGGUCAUGUCUCAGAUUUUAGAUCAAGGUGUGGCAUCCAUCAUUGCAGAUGUUUUGUUUGAAUGUUCACGAGGAGAUGAUUCGUCAAGCUUUACGAAUGGUGAAAAGCUUUGCGCUCCUUUGGCAGAUGAAACAGCCACGUAGUGAAUGGCUUAAGAAAAUUUUGGAAUAAAUUAUCAAAUUUUCAAACAAAAAUCCUAUCUGUGGUCACAUGAGGCUAAAAUGCUGGAAAAAAGAAAAAAGAUUUAAAAACAGAUGCCUUUUAACCAUCGGAAAAUGAUCUGUGAAAUAACACCUUGUCAUGUAGCCUUGCUUUGAAGACUGAAGCAGUAAAACCCUCUAUCAUUAUUUAUUGAAAACCUAAAGCAAGACUGCAUUUGUGUAUGUGUAAUUCAACUUUCAUUAGGCGAGUCUUCGUUUUAAUCCCUGAUUGCUGUGGAGUUCAGGGCUAGCUGGCACCAUGUCACUCAUUGUAUGCAGUCACAUCAGUGAAACUGUCAGCAACACAUGUGUACAUGCGUGAAGGUUUCUCAUCAUUGUACAGCUAAAUAUACAUUGCAUCAGCAAAGAUAAAUGAUAACUUUUGUAGAUAUAAAUCACUGUAAUUUUAAUCCCCAUUACCUCAUGGUUGGGUGCAUCACUUGUGUUAAAAAUAGGUAUGAGUAGCGAAGUGUUUUCCUCGUUUCUCCACCCGACAGGACUAAUAUUAGGAUGUGAGUGGCCAGCUUCGCAUGCUCGAUAUUGUACAGCUUAGGCAAAAGCACAAGUAUUAAAAAAAAAAAAAAAAAAAAACUUUGACAAGAAAUAUCCAUGGCUGAGCCUGUGUUGUGACUUUUCAUCUUAAAUCUUUAUUACGAAAAGCACUUUAGGAAUCAAACUCUAUUACAUUAACAGCAGUUUGAACGGGCAUUUGAAUAAAUCCCUUUCAAAUGCUAACCCAUUUGUGCUUAGAUUGUUCUCAGCAUCUAGCUGAAGUGAAACAGUUUAUUAAGGUUUCAGUCCAGGAUUUCUGUCGGCUCUUUGAUAUCUGGUAUUUACGAGUGCAAGAGCUUUAUACUAUGUAUAUGUCUGAUGAUCAUCAUUGAAUAAAUGUACAGGAAAACUGC